GGCCGGGCGGGGCGGGGGGCGGUCCCGGGGAGGUGCUCAGUGCCUUCCCGGCCGCCGGGGCCGGGCAGAGCCGCCCGCAGCGCACCAUGAGCGGCCGCGUCGGGGACCUGAGCCCGCGGCAGGCGGAGGUGCUGGCCCAGUUCCGGGAGAAGCUGCAGGACGUGCUGCCCUCUCUACCCUCCCAGGACGACUAUUUCCUCCUGAAAUGGCUCCGAGCGCGCUCCUUCGACCUGCCCAAGGCAGAGGCAAUGCUCCGCAAGCACGUCGAGGUGCGCAAGCACAUGGAUGCCGACAACAUCAUUGCCUGGGAGCCACCUGAGGUGAUUCGGAAGUACAUGUCCGGCGGGCUGUGCGGCUACGACCGGGAGGGCAGCCCGGUGUGGUACGAGAUCAUCGGGCCGCUGGACGCCAAGGGGCUGCUGUUCUCCGCCUCCAAGCAGGACCUGAUCAAGAACAAGUUCCGGGACUGUGAAGUGCUCCGGCACGAGUGUGACCAGCAGAGUGAAAAGCUGGGCAAGAAGAUUGAGAUGGUGAUGAUGGUGUACGACUGUGAGGGCCUGGGCCUGAAGCACCUCUGGAAGCCAGCUGUGGACACAUAUGGGGAGAUCCUGGCCAUGUUUGAGGAGAACUAUCCUGAGUCCCUCAAGCGCCUCUUUAUUGUGAAGGCCCCCAAGCUCUUCCCCGUGGCCUACAACCUGGUCAAGCACUUCCUGAGCGAGGACACACGCAAGAAGGUCGUGGUGCUGGGAUCCAACUGGAAGGAGGUCCUGCAGAAGUACAUCGACCCCGCACAGAUCCCGGUGGAGUACGGGGGGACAAUGACGGACCCCGACGGGGACCCCAAGUGCUCCAGCAAGAUAAACUACGGGGGGGACGUGCCCCAGCAUUACUACGUGCGGGACCAGCUGGCACAGAAGUACGAACACUCGGUCGUGGUCAACCGGGGCUCGUCCCACCAGGUCGAGUACGAGAUCCUCUUCCCCGGCUGCGUCCUGAGGUGGCAGUUCCGCUCCGAGGGCGCUGACAUCGGCUUCGGGGUGUACCUGAAGACCAAGGUCGGCGAGCGGCAGCGGGCGGGCGACAUGACCGAGGUGCUGCCCAACCAGCGCUACAACGCACACAUGGUGCCCGAGGACGGCUCCCUCACCUGCUCCACGGCCGGCAUUUAUGUCCUGCGCUUCGACAACACCUACAGCUUCCUCCACUCCAAGAAGGUGAGCUACAGCGUGGAGGUGCUGCUGCCCGACACCGCCUCUGCCCAGCAGAUCCAGGGGGAGUCCCCCAACCACAGCCCCUGAGCGCCCCCGGGCUGCACCGCGCCCCCGGGACGGCCCCACUGGAAGAUGGAGCCGGGGCUGAGCCCCGCAGCUGCCGGACUGAGGCGGGGGCCGGACGGGGCCCGCAGCCCCCCCAAACUCUGUGCCUUAUGUGGGUCCCGCACCCACCGCUGCUGCUGCCUGGGGUGGGGAGUAAAGGGAUGGACUGAGCGGCGUCUGCUCCGGUUUGUGGCUCCCCGGCGCCAGAACUGCCCCUGCUGCCCCUCCAAC